GGGCGGCGGACCGGCGGGGGCCAUGGCGUCGCUGGCGGAGCGGGUGCGCGGCCACGGGCGCAUCGCCGCGGGGCUGCUGCUCAACCUGCUGGUGUCGAUCUGCAUCGUGUUCCUCAACAAGUGGAUCUACGUGCACCACGGCUUCCCCAACAUGAGCCUGACGCUCGUGCACUUCGUGGUCACCUGGCUGGGCCUCUACGUCUGCCAGAAGCUCGACGUCUUUGCCCCCAAGAGCCUGCCGCCCUCGCGGCUCGUGCUCCUGGCGCUCAGCUUCUGCGGCUUCGUGGUCUUCACCAACCUCUCCCUGCAGAGCAACACCAUCGGCACCUACCAGCUGGCCAAGGCCAUGACCACGCCGGCCAUCAUCGUCAUCCAGACCCUCUGCUACGGGAAGACCUUCUCCACCAGGGUCCGCCUCACGCUGAUUCCUAUAACUUUAGGUGUAAUCCUAAACUCUUAUUAUGAUGUGAAGUUUAAUUUCCUUGGAAUGGUGUUUGCUGCUCUUGGUGUUUUAGUUACAUCCCUUUAUCAAGUGUGGGUGGGAGCCAAACAGCACGAGUUGCAGGUGAACUCGAUGCAGCUGCUCUACUACCAGGCUCCCAUGUCGUCUGCCAUGCUGCUGGUGGCGGUGCCCUUCUUUGAGCCAGUGUUUGGAGAGGGAGGCAUCUUUGGUCCCUGGUCGGUCUCUGCUUUGCUUAUGGUGCUGCUGUCUGGAGUAAUAGCUUUCAUGGUGAACUUAUCAAUUUAUUGGAUCAUUGGGAACACCUCACCAGUCACCUAUAACAUGUUUGGACACUUCAAGUUCUGCAUCACUCUCUUUGGAGGGUACGUCUUAUUUAAGGACCCGUUGUCAGUUAAUCAGGGUCUCGGCAUGUUAUGUACGUUAUUUGGCAUUCUCGCCUACACCCAUUUUAAACUCAGUGAACAGGAAGUAAGUAAGAGUAAAUUGAUACAACGUCCUUAAUCGUGUUUUUGUGGAGAAAAGAAAGUCGUCCAAGAAGAUAAAAAUGUUACCUGCACAAGUUACUUUCAAAGAAGGAAAAAAGUGCUGCAGAAUCAUUGAAUGAUGGUUUGCAAGAAGGAACACAAAGGAAACUAUAUUCAUAAAUAUGACGUUCUCCUUUACAGUACCUUUUUAAAAAAAAUUCUCUAAAACAGUGGCUCAUGCUUCUUUUCAAAGAUGCUUGUGUGAAGAAUAGAGGACGGUGCGGUUGCACCAGUGUAGUCGUGGAGUUAAACUCAGUAGCAGUGACGGGGGAGUCCGGGUCACUGUCCUGCAGGCGUGUGGGGGUUGUCAGUGUUCACAGGCCUCUGAGGAAGGACACGUGGGGCCACUCCCCCUGCCGCUAGGUGGGCCCCAGCAUGAGCUCGAUUAUCAUUUCGGCCAGUGUUCAAGUCAGAAUUUAAAUCUAGCAUUUCUGUUUUUGUUGGUUUAGUAUAACUCCCUGCUUAUUUACAGAAAUGAAGUAUCAUUUAUAGAAAGCGAAGUGUAGUAAAGAAGACCGUACGACAAAAUCCAAUUAUAAAAGUUUCAUUUUCUAGUAGAAAAUUGAUGUAAGAAGUUAUACAUUAUCAAAAAGCUGCAGUUUCUGAAGGUAUUCUUUGUUUUUGAGCUCUCAGUGAACUCUAGGAACUGUACGUGGAGUUAAAAACGACAUGGCUCCCUGGAAUGACCAGAAGAAGAGACUGUGGAUGGAGGUGAACAGGUUUCUGCCUGUUCUGGGGGCUCUUCUCUGCCUCUGAGCAGUUCAUGGUAGUGGUUUCUCAAUACCCUCUCCCUGCCGGCGCUCCCCACCCCUGCAUCGGAGGCGUCCUCGGAGCUGUGUCCUGCCCUGAAGGAUCUGGAGUGCCUGUCCAGCCUUCCCAGGGUGGCUGAGUAGCACGCGGCAGAUCAGGGCAGAUGCUCUCCAGACACCGAGCAGAAGCCUGGUGAAAAUAUGAGGAAAGACGUGCAAGAGAAGUAGGAGAACAGCCAAUAUUUAACUAGUUUCAUGAGUUUUUAAAGGGAUAAUUUUAAAAAAUCAGGGUACAGGGGGAAUCCAUAAUUUCCACUUAAAGAUAUAUAGUGCCACGUAUUUAACUGCAGAACGUAUUUUCUGCCUUCCACCUUCUUGAUAUAUGAGCAUUAAAAGCGGUUGUUGAUAACCUCUCAGGAUAAAUUGUGGCAGAUAAUCCUCUUGUAAUAAAUAAUUCUUUUUCUAAAUAUUAUUUAUAAGCUUUAAAUGAGAAAACAACUCUUAAGAGGACAUGGAGCCAUGUGUAUAAAAUAGACCUUUUAGGAUUUUUUUCCUGGACUGUUUGAAAUGAAAAGCCACUGAAAACCUAUUUUGAUGGAAUUUCAGUGUUAUCAGUCAGUCUGUUGUAUGAUUGGUACGCGUGAUUUCUAUUUUUGUUUUAAAUAUUCUUUGGUUCUUCUCAGUUUCCAAAGAUGUAUUUUAUGGUGUUAAGAAGUACAAAGCAGUUUAUCUCACCAGAUGAGCCUCAGGCCUUACGUUUGUCUGAGAAACGUUCUCUCUGUAUGUUUAACGUAUAAUUAUUUCCCCAAAGCUGGAGAAAGUAUGUCACACAGCAAGGGUUAUAUGACUUCUGUGCGCUAACAGCUGCGUUGAUUUGUGCCAUGUGCAAAUUCUUCUUGACUGUAAAUACAACAGGGGGCGUUAUAAUAAAUGACUGAUGUCAAUAGGAAUGCGGUAAGGGGUUAGAGCAAGGUAGGGUGGGAGUACGUCCAUAUAAGGGAAUAAAAUAUGUGCUGUUGGAACUAGAGCCUGAUAAACAUUUUUUCCCUGAAGACGAUCUUCCCUUUGAAAAGGAAAUUCCUGGGGGAAAAAUGCACCAGUUGACCGGGACCAACCACAGAGACAGACCGGAAGACAGUGCUGUGGAGGGACACUCUGUCCUUCUGGUACAGGUGGAACUGCUCUUGUUUUUUAUCCUCUGUUAAGUGAUCAAACUUCAGUUUUUACCUGUUCAAAUAAAGAGGAUCUGAUGUUUUUA